AUGAGGAGGAACUGCAACUUAGAACUUCGCCUUUUUCCUUCCUGCGAUUCCGAUCCCCAACCAAUGAUGGAAGCAGAAGCCGGUGAGAGCCCACUACAACAAUCCCACCGCCAAGACAACCACCACCACCAGAACCAGCAACAACCGUUGACUAUUUUCUAUGAUGGCAAGAUUUGCGUUUGUGAUGUCACAGAGCUUCAGGCGAGAUACAUUUUAAUGCACGCAAAUAAAGAGAUGGAGCAAAGAAUGAAGACACCAACUGGGUCAGAGCCAUCUUCACCAAACUUAUAUAGCCCUGGCACUGGUCUUUCCAUGAAAAGAUCGCUUCAGAGGUUUCUCCAGAAGAGGAAGAAUCGGAUCCAAGAAGCAUCCCCAUACCAUCACUAG